CCGCACAAUCCAACCCGACCCACCGGAGCAAAGAAAGGGUUAUGGCGAUGGCGAUGGCGGAUAAGGGUUUAAUUUUGAAUCGAUGACCCAACGUUUCUCGCAAUCAGACAUUCACCAGCUCCGACCAUCUCCCUCCUCAACCGCCGGCCGCCGGCCGGCGCCUUCGUUUCUUUGGGAACGGAUCCUGCUCCACUGUUUUAACUACAUUGCCUGUUCUAUCCUAUAACCCCAUCUCCACUGCCGCGUCUUCUGCUUGUCCGACGGUGGCCAUCGAAUGCUUAGUUCUUGGUACGUUUACUUUGUGUGCUUUCUGCUCUCCAGUUUUUCUACCUUGAUGGUUUUCUCAUGCUGGCCGGUUGCAGGCGCUGGGCGAGAAAUUGAGAAGAGCUGCGUGGUAGUAACAAUCAAAUGGGAAGCGGAUCAUGUUUGAUUGUGGGCUGCACAUGGGUCACAGUGAUGAAGGGCGUUGUCCUGAUUUUCCUGUCAUUGAUGGCUUCCCUAGAUUGUGUGAUUAUCACUCACUUGUAAGUGUGGCUCAACGUUUCUGUUUGCUUUGUCCUGUUCCUACUUGUUUUGCUACAGUGAUUCACAGUUUCCUGUAAUGGCGAGUUACAUUGUUAAUUGGCUUAAUGAGUAGGAUUCUGCGAGAAUUUUCGUCUUCUUUGUGUGUAUGCGACGCUCCAAAGUUUAGCUGCUGAAUCAGUUCAACAUUUCAUUGAACCUACAUAUCCUUGGACCUAUGUGUGUUUGGGGGUUGGAUGUUCCACAACCGAUUAUCCGAACGUUCUUGGAACUCUGCUGUGAGUUCUAGGACUUCUCACUGCUUCUGCAAGAAACAGUCAGUAGCCAAUGAGCUGGUGAGCAUCAACUAACUCUUGUGUUGUGCUCAUAGAUAAAUUGAUACCUUGUUUGAGAUGGCGUACUGCAACUAAGCAAUUCAUUGACAGAAUUUGUAAAAACGGGUGUUUUUGGUGUACCUUAAUUUUUGAAUUCAUUUAGCUGAUUGUAAUCUGAGGUUCGACUGUUAUUACUUGAGAUUUCCUGAAUGUAUCUGAUGAGCUGUACUCUCCAGAGUUUCAAUUUGUGGAAGAACGCUAAAUGUUGUUAAUUUUUCUUAAUUUUCCUUAUGCAGUCGCCCCAAUUGAUCUGAAGCAUAAUGUGCAAGUUGGUAAGGAUCUUCAAAUUCGGGCCUACUAUCCAGGACAUGUAAGAUUAAAAUUUACCCUUAGGUAGAUGUGUUGCAUUCAGUUUUAAAAUUUUGUGUUAUGUUAAUACCUCUUUUCCCUCAAGGUUCUUGGAGCUGCAAUGGUUUAUGCAAAGGUAGGAGAUGCAUCUGUGGUAUACAUAGGUGACGACAAUGUGACUCCAGAUAGACAUCUUGGUGCCGCACAAAUUGUUCCACAAGAACUAGACCUUGUUAUAACAGAGUAAGUGGCUUUAUACCUUUGAUGUUUCAUCUUUGAUCAAUCUCAUUAGAUUAAUCUGUGUGAUCAAUAUCUUCCAUACAGUGUUCUCUAUGCAAUGGUAGUAUCUUUGUUUCAAUGCUGGACAACUUAUUCAUUUCUAGAGGUGGAUUAGUGUACUUUUGUAUUUACGUUAUUGGAGAUAAGCCAGCUCUUGCAAGUCUCAAAUGAAGUCACUCUUUUGGUCAUGGUUUCAUAUGUGCUUAACAGGUCAACCUAUGCAAUGACUGUAAGUGAUCCAAUAUAUGCUCGUGAGAGUGUUUCUGAAAGCUGUAUGUAUAACAACUAUAUCAUAUUUGUUAUAAUCCAUGAAUUCUUCCAUUUCACUGAUCCACAUCUUAUCCCUUUCAUUGACAUGGUUGCAUGUGUGCUAAGCUAGAAUGUUUAAGUGGUACUAUCUACACUUGCUUUUUAUAACCAUUGAAACACCAUGACGUAAGACAGGCACAUUUCUAGCAAUAGUGGAUAAACAUGUAAAUUGUGGGAAUUUGGAGCUUGGGGGAAACUCCAGCUAUGGAAUGUUGCGCUCCAUCAUACUAUAGCGGUUAGAAUUACUCUACAUAGAGAGCGGAAUUGCUUGAUCGCUAUCUGUGUGGUUAUCCAUGGAUGAAGAAUAGAUCAGUGCAGUCCAUGCAUCGUAGCAUAUAGAGGUUCUACGCGGACUAGAAUUGCUUUUGAUAGAGAGCAAAAGCUUAUCAAUCCGCUACUGUUUUGUUGAACUAAAGAAAAAGUCUUCCAAAUACUAGCUUUUAGAGGUUGAAAUGACGUGGAUUGAUGGUCUGGAAAAGCUCAUCAAAUUAGCUAACAAGCGAGAUAUGACUGAAAUCUUUUUCCAGUGUCUAGAAGCAAUGCAGCAUUGCCGGGAAUGAGGGCCAUCAAUGGCGUGUGACUUCAAAAUUCUGUGUAUGUUGCAUGAUUAGAUGUAACAUGUGUUUUGCACUUUUAUAUGUAAACUGAUGAUCUACUUCAUGUUUAUAACUCUUGCAAGAGUUCCAGUGUCCAAAUUUAUUCAUGUUUUGUGUCCCGAUUUCAGCUGUCAAAGAUGUUCCACAUCAGGUUAGUAGUAUCAACAGAGAUUCCACCUCUCCUCUGCUGGUGAAGCGAUGAUAGAGUCGGCGCGAAGCAACCUUAUCGUUGGAUCAUAGAAGCAAGACGACGAGAGGCGUGCACGAGUAUGAGCUGGAGCUUAUCGUGUCGGGAGAAGGAAAGCCCCAGGUGUGGUUCUGUUCGGCCAUUGCUGUCCACAUAGUAGCAAUAACUUAAUGAAAGGCAAGAGGUAGACUCGGUCUUUCUGGUAAAUGGUCUUUGGCUCAAAUUGGGGUUCUUUUCAAACUCUCUAUGUCAUAAUGAGAGUUGCAGUCGCAGACAUUUUUUUUUUGCUGCAGCUGUUGUGCAUGGAAGACGUGCAGCUGGCUUUGGCGAUCAUUUCUUCAGUUAGAAACAGUCUUUAAGAAGUCAAGUAGCUGAUGCUGUUCAUUUCAUAGGAUUGCAGUGUUAAUAUACGUUUCUCUGACUGACUCAACUAUUGACUCAGCCCUGUGGUGGACUGGCGUCUCUUUUUCUUCAUGAGCUUUACUGUUGUUUGCAUGACCAAGUUGUGGGCUCGUGGUGGCCAAGGUCAACUCCCCAAAUUUCAAAUGCAAUUAUCAGGGUUUUAAUGUUUUCUUGGUUUGUUGAUCGUGCUUUUGGCUCAAGUCAACGUUAAUUCUCUCAAACAAUUAAUUGAAGAAUUCUACCUAAACUUAAACCACGAAAAGAUUGUUAUCUAUGCGUUAUACCUACGAGACAUGAAAUGUAACAUAGCACGUUGUUGAACAGAAGUUCGAAAGACCUAUUUCUCAUGCAGGACAGGGCUUUCAAAUACGCGUGCGAUGAGUCCUUCGUAUUGACCAUUGAGAUGAUCGCUCUGGGGGUGAGUGUUGUCGAACUCUUCGUCGUGCUAAGACCCUUGUUACUUUAAUUUUUUUUUCAAGCAAAUUUACUUGUGUAUUAAACUUUUUUUAUGUGAAAACAUCUUAUAACAAUUAUUUUUUUGGUGCAAGUGCAACAUCUUUAAAACAAAAUUAAUUGCUGAUGUUGAUGAUGAGACGAAUUAAUAAAUCCACGAGUGCAACUUAAGAAAAAUCAUUUUCACGAAUUAAAUUUAUUUGUGUUCAUGUUUUUAUAUUGUGAUAAGGAAUUUCCCUCAAUCCACAUUUUCCACCUCACCCACACCCCGCCAAAUAAUAUAACUCAUUAUUAAUUAUUAAUAAAAAAACCAAAGGAAGAAUAAAUAAAUGGGAAAUCUUCUCUUCCUCUCUCUCUUUCAUUUUCUUUUUCUCGCCUUUUAUAUCCUUUUUUUCCUCCCCAAUCUAACAUUUUCCUUCCUCUUUCCUCUCAUUUCUCUCUUCCCAGAAUCUUCUCUCUAUCUCUCAGAAGGAGAAAAAAAAAUCAGAAUCCGUCCAAUCCCUUCUUCCUCCCUCCUUUUCAUGGAGUUGUUUGAUCGGGAAAUCCACGCGAACCUGCCGCCGCCGCCCGCAUUAUAUUCCUCCCGACGGUGAUUUCGAUUUCGUUUUCCUCCACCGCAUCGAACCAUCGAAGACAGAAGAAAGAACGAUAAGAAAGAAAUCAAGUAGCGGAUAAUUCUCAGAUAGCCGCCGACGAAACAAAGAGGGGGUGAAGAAAGGAGAAGAAGAAACCUCGCAGGCCGGAGUUAUGAGACCGAUUCAGCCUCCACAAGGUACCGCCGCCGCCGUAGCGGCUGUUUCAUCUAUGUCCAAUCAGAAGCCUCGCAGGCGUCCUAACCUAAGCCUGCCGCUCCCGCCUCGGGAGCCGACGGUCGCCGUCCCUCUCCCUCUCCCGCCGUCCUCCGCCUCCGCCGCUACUUCCACCAGCCACCCGCAGCAGCAGCAGCAGCAGGCGGCGCGCCAGGUAAUCGGCUUCUCGGAGCUCGACCGGAUGAACCGGAUUGGGAGCGGCAUGGGCGGGACCGUCUACAAGGUGGUUCACAGGCAAUCCGGCAGGGUUUUCGCGCUCAAGGUGAUCUACGGGAACCACGAGGACUCCGUCCGCAACCAGAUCUGCAGGGAGAUCUUGAUUCUCCGCGACGUCAGCCACCCAAACGUCGUCAAGUGUCACGAAAUGUACGAGCACAACGGCGAGAUCCAGGUCCUGCUCGAGUUCAUGGAUCGCGGAUCCCUCGAGGGGUUUCACAUCGCUGACGAGCUUGAGUUGUCCGGUGUCGCUCGUCAAAUCUUGAGCGGGAUUGCUUACCUCCACCGCCGCAAGAUCGUCCACCGCGACAUCAAGCCUUCAAAUCUGCUGAUCGAUUCCAACAAGCUAGUGAAGAUUGCCGAUUUCGGGGUGAGCAGGGUGCUGGCGCAGACCAUGGACCCUUGCAACUCCUCCGUGGGUACCAUUGCUUACAUGAGUCCCGAGAGGAUCAACACGGACUUGAAUCACGGCCAGUAUGACGGUUACGCUGGGGACAUAUGGAGCUUGGGGGUGAGCAUAUUGGAGUUCUACUUGGGGAGGUUCCCAUUUGCAGUGGGUAGGCAGGGCGACUGGGCGAGCUUGAUGUGUGCUAUUUGUAUGUCGCAGCCGCCGGAGGCCCCCGUGACAGCUUCCAGGGAGUUCAGGGAUUUCAUCGCCUGUUGUUUGCAGAGGGAACCAGGGAGGAGGUGGACGGCAGUCCAGUUGUUGAAUCAUCCUUUCGUUGUGAGGGGAAAUGGAGGCCAAAGAGAUGGGAGCCAGAACUUGCAUCAAUUACUGCCUCCUCCACGCCCACUCUCAUCAUACUACCAGAUAGGAAACUGUAAGAUUUUGUGGAGUAUGACCAAGUGUUUACUUGAAGGCAUCCUGCGAUGAGCUAUCCACAUAGGUGUUGGGUAAAUGCCAGGUUCGGUCACUGGUCACUUGGUUUUUUUAGUCACUAGAAAAAAUCAAUAUCAGUGUUGGUCAUUCGAAUUAGUAAAACGGUCUAUAAUUUCGUAUAAUUAUAGAAUAAUUUCACAAUAUGGUCAUUCGAAUUAGUAAAACGGUCUAUAAUUUCAUAUAAUUAUAGAAUAAUUUUACAAUAUGAAACAAGAGACCGCAUAUGUACUUUUUUUACGGCAUCCCCUUGAAUAAAAUCAUGGCUAUGUCACCGAGUACAUUAUUCCUAUUUAUAAUUAUAAAUGAGAUAUAUUUGAUCACGUGCCCAAAUUUUUAAAUAUAUGUGGUAAGAUGCUUUAUCUCACAAACCUAUGAGUUAUCAACAAGUCAAUGAUAAGUUAGCAAUUGAUUCGCUUAUAAAUUGUUAUGUAAGAUGGCUCGCUAGUCAACUGUCUUGCUAGCUCAUAGCUCGAAACAACCUAGCUCACUAGUUGAGCUUAACAAACAAAUGAGUCCAGUUGUCUCGGGAGCCUUGUGAGCCGAAUAAAGCUUAAGUCAAGCUUGAAUCGUUAAUAAACGAGUCGAUUUUUGAACGAGUUUUUUUCUGAGACGAAGGUUAAAUUGCUCAUGAGUAAUUUGACACAUUUGCAACUCUAAUCACGGCUCAGCUCAACAUAUCUCUAUGACGUUUUCUUCGGUUUUCCUUUAAAAGUAAGUUUUUCAAAUAGAUGAUCCCUAUCACCAAUUUUGAAAUCUUAUACAAUUAUUUAUUUUUAUUUUUUUACCUCUGUCCCUUUCAUUAAAAUCUAACCUUACCCCUUCUAUCAAAACAUGAUCUUCUCUCUAUAUUUCAUCCCUUCUGGUCCUCCAAAUGUCAAAGAGGACAAACCUUAAACCGACUUGGGAGAACUGUUAGUGAGUGAUAUAAGAUCUAUUAUUGAACCUAUCCCAAUAACUCGAGUUAUUGGGAUCAACUGGUUCUUGACAUGGUAUUAGAGCCUUAUGUGACUAAGAGGUCUUGUGUUCAAAUCCAGGUGACCCCAUUUGUGAAGCCCAUGUAUUAUCGUAUUCAGGACAUGUGCAAACUCAAACUUUCUGCUAUGAUUGCCACUAGAGUUAUGCCUUUGCUAGUUAUAUAUGCUAUUUUGGAUGGUAAGUUUUACCAUAUUAGUUACAGGUUUAGGAUAGGAUAUCUAUGGGAAGAUUCAAAUAACAGCUGGUCUACUACAUUUAGGUCGUUUCGAUCGGUGUUGGGAAUGCACGGAUUCUCUGUACUCGUUGGCUCCGUCAUUUCUUUCGUUCUUUAUUAUAUAUAUGGUUAGUGUGAUUUGUCUGAUUCUGUUCUGGGAUGUCUUGACCAUGUGUUUAAUGCUCAAACCUAAAUGUGUGGUGUGGGAUGUCGAGCAUUUGUCAUUGCCAUAUGCUUGUUAGUUUCAUCUGUUGCGUUUCAUCUUGAUUAUCAAAGCCUUCUUUCGUUCCCCAUUUCUGUCUACAUUGGCUGAGUAAUCUGAUUGAUUGAAUUUUGUUAGCACUAAGUCAUUUGGAUUCAUGUCGGUUGUGUAGUGGUACUUGAGGGAACUGCAUCUGUUUUUUUAGUUAUAUGGCUGUAAGUAGCAACUGUCAACUCAUGUGAUGAUGCUACAAUAUGGCCAUUUAUAGAGAUGGCCGCUAAUUUUGGUGCUC